AUGGUGGCAGCUGGAGGUUCUGAACACGAAAAGAAUGGAGACGGGAUGCUUGAGUACAAAUGGUCCUCGACCGACAAGGAGUCGAAGAUUCUCAACACCCGCCAAGAGACGUACGCCGGGAACACACCGAUAGUCGUCAGCCCUCAUGCUGGUGGAUACACAACGAAGAAUCGCGAUGUCGAUGCAAUCUUAUCGUUAUAUCUCGGCACCUUGAAAGUCGGCAUACAACCCACAGAAGUUGAAACCACUAUUGUCAAUGGUUUUCGGAGGGCAUGUGAAGACGAAAUUCGUCAACUUCGAGCUGAACGUCAAGAGAAGCUCCUCACUAUACAGUCCCUCUGCCAGGAGCUUGUUUGUCUGGAGGGCCGCACCGCAGAGAGACAGCGGCACAUUGUCGCAGCCUCUUCAAUCCUGGCCCCGAUCCGACGUCUUCCUGUGGAAUUGUUGUCAAGGAUCUUCCAGUUAACCAUCCCGGAGCGAGACACGUUAUCCCAUCCCUCCGAAUCGCCUCUCCUGCUAUGCAGAGUAUCUAAGGUAUGGCGAAACAUAGUCAUCAACGACCCCACCAUGUGGUCUCAAAUACUAUUUGCCUUUCCGGAUGAGGGGGAGUAUAUGGAUGAAGGCGACGAGGAAGAGGAAGACUCGGAGCUCGCCCUCAUAUACGACAAUCGUCUUGAACUCCUGCGUCUUUUCGCCUCCCGGUCGGCUGCUCCAGUCCACCUCUCCCACAUAUCCGUUCCGCAUCAGCAACUCGAGACAUUUGUGGCCGCCUUCGGUUCCGAAGAUCGCCGACCAAAGGUCAGCAGUGGAACUGCCAUUCAGCAUUGGCGUAAUUUCAUCAUUAAAUGCAGCAAUCUUCGCGCGGCCAGAGCUGAUUUUCAACCCCUUCAAGACAGCGGGAACAUCACCGACGGCAUAGCGUGGAAUUCGCCCUCGUCCCCCACUUCAUUAACGAAUCUCACAUCUCUCUCCCUCAAAGUCGCAUUUGGUGGAAGCGCGUCGAUGAUCUUUCGAAGUAUCGACUUCCCCGCUCUUCGAUCUCUCCACCUGCAUGCCAUAUUUUCCUCUCCAUUUUCUCUCGUCCCACUAGGAGAGCCUUUCACUGCGUCUAUUCAGCGCGAUAUGCCGUACAUAGCGAGGCUUACUUCGCUAUCGUUGACCCAUGUCCAGAUUGAGGAUGGUGACCUUUUUGCGUUGCUUCUCUUGACGACUCAACUGGAAGCUUUGAGCAUACUGAGAACAGAUAGCACCCAACAGACAAAAGUUCAUCGGUCGGGGAUGGACGAUUCCGGCAAUCUUAUAUCUUUCUUGACGCACCAACACCACGAACCGCCCAUCAGCCCUCCGCUGCCCAAUCUUAUAUCCCUCCGACUCAAUCACCCUCUUCACAACAAUACAAAGGAAUAUUCCAAAAAUUUGAACACGAGCUAUUCCAGACUCAUCAAAUCGCGUUACGAGUGGAAUCGACAUCGAUCUGGAGUACCUUUGCUGCAUGAGGGCGUCUCCUUUGAAUCCUCUCGGUUCAAGAUGUAUCUUACCGUCAGCGCGUACUAUUGUGGGAAGGACCGAUUCCACAAAUUGAAAGCUGCCAUGGAGGAGGAAGUGGGUCCGAUUCACUCUCGUGUUCUGCGCGUGCAGCCAUGCGGCUCUCCAGCAUUCGAUGAUCAACCCGACCUCAUUUAA